GGUGGCCGGGGUUAUGGGUAUAGAGAGCUACAGGCCACAGCCACCUCAAGGAGCGGAGGAAGGAAGCUUUCAGAAAAGAUGGCGUUGCUUCUUCCUCUUCUCGCCCUCUCGCUGCUCUUCGCAGUGGCCACUCCUAUCAGGGACAUCACCUAUGCUUGCUCGUCAGAAGUAAAGGAUUUCCAGCACCUGAACAGCUCCGGGCUCCACCUCGCUCUGCACCAUCCGCAGAGCCCCUGCUCGCCGGCGCCGCUGCCGACCGACCUCCCCUUCUCUGCGGUGCUCACACACGACGACGCGCGCAUCGGGUCGCUCGCCGCGCGCCUCGCCAAGACGCCGUCCGCGCGACCCACCUCGCUGGACGAGAACCGCGCGGCGACCCCCGCCGCCGACUCGCUCGCGUCCGUGCCGCUCAACCCGGGCACGUCGGUGGGCGUGGGCAACUACGUCACCCGCCUGGGGCUCGGCACGCCGGCCACGUCGUACGUCAUGGUCGUGGACACGGGCUCCUCGCUCACCUGGCUCCAGUGCUCCCCCUGCCUCGUUUCGUGCCACCGCCAGGCGGGCCCGUUGUUUAACCCCAAGGCGUCCAGCUCCUACGCCUCCGUGUCGUGCUCCACGACGCAGUGCAGCGACCUGUCCUCCGCCACGCUCAACCCUGCGGCCUGCUCCUCCUCAAACGUCUGCAUCUACCAGGCUAGUUACGGCGACAGCUCCUUCUCCGUCGGGUAUCUGAGCAAGGAUACCGUGUCGUUCGGCUCGAACAGCAUGCCCAACUUCUACUACGGCUGUGGGCAAGACAACGAGGGGCUCUUCGGGCGGUCGGCCGGGCUCAUCGGCCUGGCGCGUAACAAGAUGUCGCUGCUCUACCAGCUCGCGCCGAGCCUGGGUUACUCGUUCUCCUACUGCCUCCCGACGUCGUCGACCUCUGGGUACUUGUCCAUCGGCUCGUACAACCCGGGGCAGUACUCGUACACGCCCAUGGUGUCCAGCUCGCUCGACGACUCGCUCUAUUUCAUCCAGCUGACCGGGAUAACGGUCGCCGGGAAGUCGCUGUCCGUGUCUUCGUCGGCUUAUUCCAGCCUACCGACGAUCAUUGACUCUGGCACAGUGAUCACUCGCCUGCCCACGAGCGUGUACUCGGCGCUGAGCAAGGCGCUGGCGAGUGCCAUGAAGGGGACGCCCCGCGCGUCGGCGUUCUCGAUCCUCGACACGUGCUUCCAGGGCCAGGCCUCGAGGCUGCGAGUGCCGGCGGUCAACAUGGCCUUCGCCGGCGGCGCGGUGCUGAAGCUGGCGGCGCGGAACCUGUUCGUCGACGUGGACAGCGCCACGACGUGCCUGGCGUUCGCGCCCGCCAGGAGCGCGGCCAUCAUCGGGAACACGCAGCAGCAGACGUUCAGCGUGGUCUACGACGUCAAGAACAGCAAGAUCGGGUUCGCCGCCGGCGGCUGCAGCUGAGAAGCGAGCUAGCUACACGCAUGCACGGACUUGGGUAAUUAAAUGGGCAACGCAUUCGCUAUUCGCUUUCUGAACUCAUCAUUUCGACCUUGCAAGCUCCUUACAGUGCAUGCAUGUUGAUGACGUGGGAAGGUAAGACAUAAUAGGGAGCUGAUCGAUUUAGAAGUGUUGCUCAAGCACCUAGCUUGGUGUACAUGUUAUUACCUCGUUGUUACAUAUAAAAAACAAAUUAUAGGAGUAGGCUAUUUAUAUUGUUAAAGCCAGAUAUGUGAAAGUGGAAAAAUGGAUGACACUCCAGAGAAGAUUACUAUUCACAUAGCCAAGAGAUAGCAUGCAGCUGCUCAUGUAAUUCUUAGGCAAUUACUGGUCCAAAAGAUUUAUUUCGUGUAGUGUAGGUAAAUUAAAGGGCGUGUGUAUGUCUCAGAGAUUGCUCCUUACUUCCAAGGAUUUCUGUCUUCUACACAGUGAAAAUAUUGUAACCUGAAGAUAUGAUGGAUGCAUGUGUACUUAUAUGUAUUUGAGCAACAGAAAAUAAUAUAUAUACUUAUUAAUUUUA